GAAUAGGCCAUUUAAUGAACAAAACGAUGGCUUAUGGAAAAACCAAAACACCAAUACCCAUUCAUAAUUUGAAAUCCUCCACCAUGAUCCCCGAUCGCACACUCCUCUUCCUUUUCCUCUUCGUAUUCAUCUUCAACAUCCCCCAAACCCACUCCAAACCCUCCAUUUCGGUAACCCCAACUACCCUCUCCAAAUCCGGCGACACCGUCCUCCUACGGUGGUCCGGCAUCGUCUCCCCCUCUGACCUCGACUUCCUCGCCAUCUACUCUCCGCCGACCUCCUCCCACGACAACUUCGUCGGCUACCUCUUCCUCUCGAAAUCCCCAACAUGGCAAUCCGGGUCGGGUUCCCUCUCCCUCCCUCUCAUCAACCUCCGAUCCAACUACUCCUUCCGGAUCUUCCGCUGGACCCAAUCCGAAAUCAACCCUAAACGGCAGGACCAUGACCACAACCCCUUGCCCGUUACGCGCCACCUUCUUGCGUUCUCGGAGGAGGUUUCGUUUGUUUCGGGUCGGGGCCCCGAUCAGAUCCACUUGGCGUUUGCGGAGCAAGAGGACGCGAUGCGCGUGAUGUACGUCACGUGGAACCCUAAAGAGACGUACGUGCGGUAUGGGGAGAGGAAGGAUAAGUUGGAUGGCGUGGCGCUCGCACGUGUUAAGAGGUACCAGAGGGAGCACAUGUGCGACGCUCCCGCUAACACUAGUGUGGGUUGGAGGGACCCUGGUUAUAUCCACGAUGCACUCAUCACCAAUUUGAAGAAAGGACAGCGAUACUAUUACAAGGUUGGAAAUGAUAAUGGAGGUUGGAGUGCAACUCACAGCUUUGUAUCGAGGAAUAGUGAUUCAGAUGAAACAAUAGCCUUCCUCUUUGGAGACAUGGGAACAGCUGCACCAUACAAUACGUUUCUAAGAACACAAGAAGAAAGCAUAUCAACCAUGAAGUGGAUCCUCCGCGAUGUUGAAGCUCUGGGCGAGAAGCCUGCCUUUGUCUCGCACAUUGGAGACAUUAGUUAUGCAAGAGGUUAUGCGUGGUUGUGGGACCAUUUUUUCACUCAGAUUGAACCUGUUUCAACAAAAGUGCCAUACCAUGUUUGCAUUGGCAACCAUGAGUAUAACUGGCCUUUGCAACCGUGGAAACCUGACUGGGCAAGUUAUGGAAAAGAUGGGGGUGGUGAGUGUGGUGUGCCCUAUAGUUUAAGGUUCAACAUGCCUGGAAACUCUUCAGAACCGACCGGAACUGCCGCCCCGCCAACUAAGAAUCUUUAUUACUCGUUUGAUAUGGGAGCAGUACAUUUUAUGUAUAUUUCCACAGAGACCAAUUUCCUUCCCGGGAGCAAUCAGUACAACUUCUUAAAGCAUGAUUUAGAAUCGGUUGACAGGAGUAAGACUCCUUUUGUGGUAGUGCAAGGGCACAGGCCUAUGUACACUACCAGCCAUGAAAAUAGGGAUGCUGGUUUAAGAGGAAAGAUGCUUGUGCACUUGGAACCUCUAUUGGUGAAUAACAAUGUGACACUUGCCUUUUGGGGUCAUGUUCAUAGAUACGAGAGAUUUUGUCCUCUGAAUAACUUCACUUGCGGCAGUAACGUGGGUAGGAAGGCAGGGGACAAAAAAGGAUACACUGUUCACGUUGUGAUUGGCAUGGCAGGGCAAGACUGGCAACCCAUCUGGGAACCAAGACCUGACCAUCCCGAUGACCCAAUCUUUCCACAGCCGAAACGGUCGCUAUACCGUGGGGGUGAGUUUGGGUACACUAGACUGGUAGCUUCAAAGCAGAAGCUUGUGCUUUCUUAUGUGGGAAACCACGAUGGCGAGGUGCAUGACACUGUUGAAAUUCUGGCAUCUGGAGAAGUUGUCAGUGGUAAGGAUGGUGGUAUUGGUGAUGUUAAUUCUGAAGCUGGAAGUCAAAUUGUGGAAUCCACAUUGACUUGGUAUGUCAAGGGAGCAAGUGUGCUGGUGCUUGGGGCUUUCAUGGGUUAUGUUCUUGGUUUCAUUUCACGUGGCAGGAAGAAGUCUGAGGUCAGGAGUGACUGGACUCCGGUGAAGACUGAGGAAACUUGAAUUUUAUAGUAUAGUAUGGUUUACCACUUUUUUAAUUAGGUAAUGAAGGUUCAGCUUAAAAAAAAAAAAUUCCACGAGGGCAUGGAGGUUUGGAAUUGUGUGAUUUCCACUCUUGUUUGUUUGAUUAAAACACCUAAGCUGCCACCUCAUAUACUUGAGGAUUUAUCUCUGUAUAUAUGCAAAUUUUCUUGCUGAACUAUGUGAUUCAAGGCAUUUCUUUUAGGCACUUGUGUUUGUUGUACAUUAUAGAAGGUAUAUGUAAAUAUGUAAUCUAUCGGAUGAGACCAUACUAUUGUGUAACAAAGUAAAAAGUGUACUAAAUAUUGAAACAAACGAAUCUCUCAUAACUUUCAGUGUGGGUCUUUGGAUAGGAAAUUAGGAAUUACUGAGAUUUAAACUUUUUUUUUUUUUAAUUUUUAGCUUAAUUACACUUUUUUUUUAUCCUUAUACUUUAAUU